CCUCCUCCUCCACCUGCUCCACCUCAUCCUCCACCUCCUCCUCCACUUCCUUCACCUCCUCCACCUCUACCUCAUCCUCCAUCUCCUCCUCCAUCUCAUCCUCCACCUCAUCCUCCACCUUCUCCACCUCGUCUACCACCUCCUCCUCCACCUCCUCCACCUUGUCCACCUCCCCCUCCACCUCCCCUUCCACCUCUUCCACCUCGUCCUCCACCUCCUUCUCCACCUCCUCUACCUCGUCCACCACCUCCUCCUCCACCUCAUCUACCUCCUCCACCACCUCCUCCUCCACCUCCUCUUCCACCUCCUUUACCUCCUCCUCCACCU